UGUACUUUUUAUACAAAAGCGGUGUAAUGUUGUUUACUUUUCUCUCAUUCUUUUAUUAAAUUCAUACAAAAUAAUUACAAAACAAUCAAUAAAAAUGCUCAAACAACACAUUCUCAUUGAAUUAAAACAAUUCAUUACUGCAAUAACUAGCCAUCGUGGUAAUCCGAAAAAUAUCAAUGCCACUCACUUGGUUCGAACAAGUUUGCAUCUUCUCGAAGAUCUUCCAGCGUCGCGAGAAAUUGUUUUCGAAUAUUUUUCAUUAGUUUUCGAUGUGGCUGUAGCCAAUUAUGUGGCUAAUGCUGGCAAUGAUAGUAAAGCUCAACAACAAUUGCCACAAGAAGAUGAGUCUUUUACUGAUAUCCAAGAAGCAUUGGAAAAUUUGGUUAACAAAGGUCCACCCGCUUGGAGUCCGGUUAUUGCUUCUUGGAGUUUAGACUUGGUUGGCAAAUUGUCAGACAAAUAUUCUCACAAAAGAAAAAUGAGUAUUGGAGCGUCUUGCAAUUUCUGGUUAAAUUGCAACGCAAUGAAGGGUUUACUUAGUUUGAUAAGUUCAUGUUUUCGCAAGCUCACUGAUUCUGAAGCGGAAUCAUGUGUAGAGACUCUUUUAGCUGCAUUUCAGAGGUAUUCGUUGACCUUCGAUUGGGUUGUGGCCCGUCUUGGAGGUUGUUUCCCUCUAAAAAUUAUCUCCCAGAUCCUUCAGUGUGGACUGAAGAGAUUCUCUGAAGAUAAUCGUUGUCGAUUUGAUUCGGAAAUUGGAAUUCUUGAUUAUUUGUCGUUUGCCCAUGAAAAUGAACUCCUUCAAGCUCUACGAGGCUUAUUGGAGGAUGGCUUUGUACCGAAAAAAGCAAUUCACGUUCAUAUAAUUCCUUUCAUCACCCAAAUAUCCCAUUAUUCUGAGUCUUUGUUGCAAAAUGUUGUCAAAGUUUUUCUCGAAUUAUAUAAUGAUACUCUCUUGGAAGCAAUCAUCCGUCAGACACCAGUAUGGAUGACAAACAAGACAUUCAUGGACAUGCAGCCUUCUUUCAACAGUCUCCCUCUUAAUCUGGAAAAAAAUGGAUCUAAACUCUUAAUGACAGCAGCAAGAUUAGCCGAACAAUAUUCAUGGUGUCAAGAAUUCUUGGAGUAUAAUCUUCAGGAACUCGAACAAGUUAUACUUAUGAAUUCACGUUGUCCACUAUUGAGUGAUUUGAGUACAGAUGCUUCAAAGUUUCUGUUGUGGAAAGGUUGUCUCAGUUGGAAUACAAUUGAACAACAAACUGCAGUACGAUUACUUUUGCUUGUCUCUACUCAACAAUCACACAUCUAUCAUCAAACUAUUUCGGAGCUGCUUAGGAAAUCGUAUACUGUAAAUAAGGCAGGAAUUAGCGCACUUAUACGAAUUAUUGGCACUCAGAAUGGAGUUGUAGAUUUUCCAGCUAUAAAACCAGGCAUUCAAAUGGCAUUGGAAGAGGUUUUGUUGAAAUUGCAAUUUCAUGAAGGGGAGCAACAGACACAGGCUUUGAAUACUUUUCAAAAUUUAGCAACAUUGGCGAAAUUAGAGAAGAAGGGAAUCGUUCCAUAUUUAAAACUACAAAGCAUCAUGAACACCUUAAACGACUGUCUUGCAAAAGUGAUGGAACUACUUAAUUGUGCUUUGUCAAAAUUACUUAUGAAAAUGGAAGAUUCAGCACGUUCAGCCCUUUCGAACAACAAUAAUAACAACUUGCCUUCUAAUGACUCUUUAAAUAGAAAACGAACUAAAUCUGGCCAAUCUGAGUUUGAAAAAAUGGAUACAAGUGAAGUUGUAAUUCCUAAACAAAGCGAUCAUGCUACCUUGGUUCAUACAAUAGUUGAUUUGCUUAACACUAUCGAAUCUGGUUCUAGAAUGAAUGUCAUGAGUACCACCGAUGUACUUAAACUGUCUAGUCUGACAGUCAAGUACUUCUUUUGGAGUCUCACAGAGAAAAGUCCAACUAUUCGGUCGACUGCAGUUAACAGAGCAUUUGAUCUUUUCCAACGGCAAUGCAGUGCCAGAAAAUCAGCUAGAUCAGUUUGUCUCAGGGAAUUGGUUGAGGGAGCAUUAUUCUUUUAUGGAUAUCUCUUUGGAGCUUAUGAAGAUCCAGAAGUCGAUGAACCCGAUAUGCCGGAAAACGAAAUGCUUAUUUAUGCAAAUCAAAAACAAAGUGUUGGCCCGAAUGCCAAUAGAACAGUUUUGCAUGCAGGGGUGAUAGGAAAAGGCUUAAGGUCGGAAAGCAAUCAAGCAAAAACCUUUGAACCAGAUCCAGAGAUCCAGCGAUUGUUGCUCAAGGCAAUUGAUUGCUGUUGUAGUGAUUGGGAAAAACCUAAUCACGUUGAUGGCUAUUCAAUGGUUUCAUUACUUCUGGUCGAAAUGGUUUCAACGGAUGUCAUGUACAAUGGCCUACCUUUUCCUGAUGAAGAAUUCACGAAAGUUACAAUGGAACGUGACCUGCGCAUAAGACGCACAUUCAUGUCAUCACCGAUUCUGUGGGCUCUGCUUGGUCUCAUAGCGACACAUCGUCCAGCUCUUUGCUUUUCCUCUGUUCUGCUUCGAGCCUUGUGUGCAACUUGUCUUCAUCAAUGGAGAGCGAAAAAUGUAAAUAAAUUCCAACAAAUUGACAAAAAUGACGAACUAAUGCAGUGUACAAUAAAGCUGCUUCAAAUUCUUUCUAUGGGUCAGUUGUUGCCACCUCCUUUAGCCAGUUUACACAUGAUUAUUGAAUAUUUUGAUGCACCAGAGAUCGCUCUUGUUCUUAAAGAAUGCAUAUGGAAUUAUCUUAAAGACAAUGUACCAUCACCUGCGCUUUUUACCUGCGACAAUAAUGCACUACAUUGGCGCAAUCCAAGUACUUCGAAAAUUCCUCCACAAUAUGUUGAUAUCUUGCGUAAUAUUAUGCAAAAGAAAUUAUCAAAGUUAGGUACUCAUUAUCAUCAGAUGUUUCAAAUGGGUGAAAUGGAUAGUUCACCAAUGGAAGUGGUUGAAAAAUAAGAUUAGAUAAAUAAUAAAUUUUUUAUUUUAUUUGCAGUAUGUAGAACAUGUUAAUAAACAAUAUCAUGUUAUUUGGUUCAUCAUUUU